GAUACAGAACUGACCAGCUGAUUCAAGCGCAUGCCAGAAAAAGAAAAGUGUAACCCACGUGAACUUAAUUACUUCGCUUUUUACUAAGAGAAGACUGCCACUUUACAACGUGCCUUUUAUACCUCCAUUUUGGAGGAAAUGUUAAACAUGGAAGGCUCUUUCGGUGUGAGAAAAGGUGCAUGGACUGGGGAGGAAGAUAUUCGACUUAAGCAAUGCAUUGAGAAGUACGGUGAAGGAAAAUGGCACCUGGUUCCUGUCAGUGCAGGCUUAAAUAGAUGUAGGAAAAGCUGCAGACUGAGGUGGUUGAACUACCUGAAGCCAAGUAUCAAGAGAGGAAACUUCGCUGCAGACGAAGUUGAUCUUAUGCUCAGGCUCCAUAAGCUGCUAGGUAACAGAUGGUCACUUAUUGCAGGUAGACUUCCGGGAAGAACAGCUAAUGAUGUGAAAAACUAUUGGAAUACACACCUCCUCAAAAAGGGAAGUUCACACAUCACCAAGCUGAAAGAGAAGCCCCAAAAUAUGGUGAAAGUGAAACUAAUAAAGCCACAACCUGGGAUCUUAUCCAAAAACUUAACUUGGUUAAGUGGGAAACCUGCAAUUGUAGGAAGCUUUCAAAAAAAGGAAGAUAUCAUAGACAUAUCUCAAACAUCAAUGCAAUCGCAGAGUAGGAUUAACUGGUGGGAAAGCUUGUCAAAUUGCGGGGAACUUGAUGAGAGAGCCACAUGUACGCAAUGUGGCAGGUUGAAUGAAGUGCCCAGGGAAACCUUUUGGGCAGAGGAAAUAGUACCAGAGGCAAAAGUUGUGGGGGACACUCUAGAUGAGGAUGUCCUGAAUUAUUGGGGUGACUUCUCCCUUGAUAUGGACCUUUGGGAGGUUCUUAAUGCAGAAUAGGAAUAAUCAUAUAAGGUCAAAAAAAACUUGUUUUACAAUGUAUCUGUGUAUAAAACGGAUUCAGAUCUUCUAAAUUUUUUAGAAUACUUUACCAAUAAAU